AGUUACACAUUCUUGUGGCCUUUGUGUAAGAGAAGUGAGGACAUCGCAAAAAAAUGAGAAGUGAACUUUUUGGGACCUAACCAACGGUGACCACUUAGACUGAAGUUAAUGGGCGACGGAAUUGAUCAUUUUAAUCCAGGAGAGUGUUUUUUGGAGUCUUUCCAUCAAUGCCGUCGUACACAGUGACCAUCGCCACGGGGAGCCAGUGGUUUGCGGGGACGGAUGACUACAUCUACAUAACGCUGGUGGGCACUGAGAGAUGCAGUGAGAGGACUCUGCUGGACAAGCCUCUGUACAAUGAUUUUGAGAGGGGCGCGGUGGAUUCCUACCUGGUGAGGACGGACGAGAACCUGGGCGAGCUUGCUUUGGUGAAGCUGGAGAAGAGGAAGUACUGGGUCCAAGACGACUGGUACUGCAGCUACAUCUCAGUCAAGACUCCGAGCGGAGACAACGUGGAGUUCCCAUGUUACCGCUGGCUGGUGGAUGACAAGGAAGUGGUGCUGCGGGACGGACGAGCUCACCUGCCUCAGGAUGAUAAGACCAGCCUGGUCAAGCAGCACAGAAAGAACGAGCUGGAAAUGAGGCAGAAAGCCUACAGAUGGACGGAGUGGCAGCCCGGCUUUCCGAUGAGUAUAGAUGCCGGCAGACACCAGGAUUUGCCCCGGGACAUCCAGUUUGACAGUGAGAAGGGAGUGGAUUUCAUACUGAACUACAGCAAAGCAAUCGAGAACCUGUUCGUGAACCACUUCAUGCACAUGUUCCAGACGUCCUGGAGCGACUUUGCCGAUUUUGAGAAGAUCUUUUUGCGAAUCAAAAACACCAUCUCAGAGUAUGUGAUGCAACACUGGAAAGAGGAUUUCAUGUUCGGUUACCAAUUCCUGAACGGCUGCAAUCCCGUCGUCAUCCAAAAGCUCACCAAACUUCCCGACAAGUUUCCCGUCACCGAUGACAUGGUUGCGGUUAGCCUGGAGAGACAUUUGACUCUGGAAGAGGAAGUGAAGGCGGGUAACAUCUACAUGGUGGACUACGAAGUGUUAGACGACAUCCGACCGAACUGCACGGAUCCGUGCACCCUGCAGUACUUGGCAGCUCCCAUCUGUCUUUUGUACAAGAACACCCGGAACAAGAUCCUGCCGAUAGCCAUACAGUUGGCUCAGACUCCAGGCAAGGACAACCCCAUCUUCCUGCCCACAGACAGUCAGUACGAUUGGCUCCUGGCAAAGAUCUGGGUGCGCUCGGCUGACUUCCAACACCACCAGACGGUCACGCACCUGCUUAGGACACAUUUGAUCUCAGAGAUGUUUGCUAUCGCCAUGUUCCGGCAUCUCCCCGCCGUCCACCCUGUUUUUAAGUUGCUCAUUCCACAUGUCCGUUUCACCAUCGCUAUCAACACCAAGGCCAGAGAGCAGCUCAUCUGCGAGUGUGGUAUCUUUGACAAAGCGAACGCCACAGGCGGAGGUGGUCACAUGCAGCUGGUUCAGAAGGCCACCAAAGCCCUGACCUUCAGGUCUCUCUGCUUCCCCGACAUGAUCAAAUCUCGUGGAAUGGAGAGCAAGGAGGAGGUUCCUACCUACUUCUACAGAGACGAUGGCUACAAGGUGUGGGAGGCCACCCAAAGCUUUGUAUCCGACGUGGUCGCUAUUUACUACACCAGCAACGAGAAAGUGCAGGGGGAUGAGGAAAUCCAGGCCUUUGUUAAAGACGUGCGUACCUUCGGCAUGCAGGAUUUGGAUACGUGUGAUUUCCCAAAGGCGCUGAAAUCUCGCGAGGAGCUGAUUGAGUACUUGACCGUCAUCGUGUUCACUGCGUCGGCUCAACACGCAGCCGUCAACUUUGGACAAUACGACUGGUGUUCCUGGAUUCCCAACGCUCCGUCCACGAUGCGGAAGCCUCCGCCCACACAGAAAGGUGUGGCCGACGUCACCCUGAUCAUCGACAGCUUGCCGGACCGAGGACGCUCCAGCUGGCACCUGGGGGCCGUCUGGGCCCUCAGCCAAUAUCAAGAGAAUGAGCUCUACUUGGGAAUGUACCCCGACGAGCACUUCAUCGAGAAGCCAGUGAAGGAGGCCAUGGAGAAGUUCCGGAAGAGCCUGGAGGAGAUCAGCAGCGCCAUCAAGACAAGGAACCAGGGAAAGAAACUGCCCUAUUACAACAUGUCCCCCGAUAAAAUACCCAACAGUGUUGCUGUUUGAGGGCCGCGCUCAUCCAUAUUGUGCCCAAACAUUGGCUUCUUUUCAGAAAUGCAGACAAUAAAAAGACACAUUGACCUUAAAACAA